AUGGCCUCUCGGCUGCUGCUGCUCGCGGCCUCGGCCAUGGCGCUCAACAGCACCUGCCCUUUCCAGCGCCCCAACACGGUCUUUGACGGAGCCGACGUCGCAACAACCGUGCAGGCCAACGCGGCCGACUGCUGGACCGACUGCGUCAACACGACCGACUGCCGCCACUACGUCUGGCUGGCCGACGUCUGCCAUCUCAAGCAUACGCGUGGCAACGUGAGCCACGCCGCCGGCGCCAUGGCGGGCAGCAUGUACGCUCCGCUUUGCACGGCCCCGGUCCUCGACAUUGACUACGUUGGGUACGACGUGGCCAACACGACGCGGGCGACGUCGGCAGAGUGCUGCAGCGACUGCGAUGCGACCGCUGGCUGCGCGCUGUACGUGUGGCACGCCGACACGUCGACCUGUGUCCUCAAGAGCCAGCGCGGACGCAAGGUAAUCGCGCGCGGUGCGAGGGCCUCGCGUGUUGUGGACGAGCCGACAUCGUCCACGUGCCCCAUCGUCGUUGACGACGUCGAUUACGAUACGCCUCAGAUUGGGUUUGCGCUGCCGCGGCGAGCGAUGGACUGCUGCGCCGACUGCGUCUCGAUGCCCGGAUGCAGCCACUGGGUCUUUGCCAACGACACGUGCUCGUUUCGGAACGGCACGGGCGCCGUACGCGCGUCGCCGGGGCUCCUAUCGGGGUUUCUCAACGCCUCGUCGACUUUUGCAAACGACGAAUCGGUGAAUGCUACGCCAAUGCCAACGUUUCCAACGCUCCCGCCCAAGACGACGACACCGAUCCCGACAUUCCCGACGUUGCCGCCCAAGACGACGACGCCGAUACCGACCUUCCCGACCUUGCCACCAAAGACGACCCAACCGCCGACAGUUCCGACGAUGGCACCGACGACGGCACCGGCAACCGCCAAACCCACCACGAAAACACCAGCACCGACGACUGCACCUACAACAGCGUCGCCGACAAAGACAACAACACCGUUGCCGCCAGCAACAACGUCACCAGUCCCGACGACGGCGACGACACCGAUCACGACGACACUGCCUACAACGACAUCACCUACAACGACGCCGGUGCCGACAUUGAACACGACGUCACCGACGACGACGACGUCACCACCUUCGUGUGCGUCACCGCGCGUGCGUGUCUCGUGGCAAGUCAUGACGAACGAGGCUCGGCUCGUGUACGUGAAUGCGAUCGCGGCGGCCAUGGACGCAGGGCACUACGCGUCGUUCGUCACCACCUUUGCGCUCAACAACAAGGCUGCGUUCGGGUCGUCGACCCUUGGGCCGUCGUUCGCGUGCGUGACGGUCCCGUAUUGGGACGUUGCGUCCGAAGCCAACGCGUGGGUGGCCGCGCAGUGUCGGAGCGUCGACGAGUGCGCCGAGAUUACCCGGGCGCUCGGCGGCGUCCGCGACGGUGUCAUCGGUAGCAACGCAUCGCUCUUUGGCUUUGCCCGCCCGGACCUCCGUUGUGUCGACGGCUUCCCACUCAAUCACCUGUGCGACGGCGACGCGUGCUGCGUGCCCCGAGCCGACUGGCGCACAUCCAAGUACAUUGCCGAGGUGUCGCCGCCGCUCUUGAAGCACUUCCUCUUUCGCCGCAGCACGGAAAACAUGACGUUGGCCCUCGAGACGGCGCUCGUACCCGCUGUGCACUUAUGGUUGGGCGGUGCGAUCGCCAACAAGACGCUGGCCGUGGUCGAUCCGCUCGUCUGGUCGCAGUUUGCAACGGUCGAUGCGUUGUUUACGAUCCACUACAAGUGCGUGGUGGAGCCUCGCGAUGGCAACUCGGCGUACCUCGCCUACCUGCGCCGGGACGCCGUCGACCUCCAGCGACCGACGAACGCCACGGCGACCACGUGGUUUGGCAGUGUACCGGCCGAGUUUGUGCAGCUCGUCGACACGAACCGACUCAGCUACGGAUACGAUCUCUCGGGGCCUCUCGGAACGCUCUACGACAAGUGCGAGAAGACGAACAUGCCCUCGAAAGCCAACCGGGACGCGGUCGCGGCUCGCUUCGCCAACACGACGGCGCGCAGCGACCCCAUCAUGCCGACGCUGCAAGUCGCCAAUGACCUUGUGGCCAACUACGUAGAGCAGCUGUACGCGCUCGGCAUGCUCCAGGGACUCUCGCCAGCCGUCAUUGACGUUGAGAUUCAAAAGGUCAUUAUCGUCGCGAUGGUGCAGUGCCGCAAGGCGACGAUGCUAACGUUUACGCCGGCCUUUGCAGCCGACUGGCAGCUGCGCGCACCUGCGUACGCCUCUACCCUCUACGAGAACGUUCGCAGCGGCGUUGACCCGAUUCAGCUACGCCAUCACAACACCAUCACAGCCCACUUUCUAGCGUGUUGACGUGCCAGC